UUUAAGCAAGCUUCCGGUGGGAAGGAUUCAGUAGAGUUUUCUCUGUGAGCCAGUUCUUAUAUACUGUUGAGAGGUUUUGUUGUACUGGGGUUUUACUGGAUGGUAGUUUUUUUUCUUCUCUCUAGCAAGCAUUGACUGUUUCUUGUUGAGAGGAGGGCAGCCUGGGAGCUAGGAAGUGCUCAGUGCUGCUUCCAACCAGACAGCAAUGGCCAGGAAGUUCUGGGGUCUCUUGAGGAAAACUUUUUGCUGCCAACUGACAGAUAGUCUAUCUGAGGCUGACUUUCAGAACUUCUCUGACUUGGAAUGUGACCCACCUGAGGUGAGAUCUUACUGGACUGCUAAAGGGACCACGGCAGGAUCGCCUAAAGGACCGUGCGUAUCCGAGCUGGAGGAGUUGUACUUCCAGGACAGAUUGUGUGGUCUGCAGCAUAAAUCGAAUGAUGCCUCGAAGUACAAUCAGGAGCAGACGAUCUGGGUCUGUGACCUAGAGGACACCGUGGACUUUGAGGAGCAGCCACGUUGGCCAAGGAUGUACAGGCAGACCUCCCGGGAGCUGGAGAAGCAGAAGUCCCUGGAGGACUUGAUGAAAGAGAAGCAGAUUCUGGAAAAACAUCUGCACUGUAUGUCCCACCUCCAGCAAGAGGUUGCACUCUUACAAGACCAACUGCAAAGGACCAAAUUUCCAUCUCCACCUUACAUCUGUCCCCUGGCUACCUCUCCGUCUCGCCCCGGCUUCUGCUCCCCUGCUCCUGUGAGGCUCAACUUCUCCCAGAGAAAGUGCUCGGAAACAGUACCAGAGCUGAAAUCAACAAGGAAGGCUCUGCCAGGUGGUAUGUGCUCCCACUCCCAAGAGAGGGAAGAAGGUGAGUCCCCACCCGUGAAGGGCACUGUGAAGGAGGUGCUGGACACACUGACCAAGCUGACUUCAAAGGCGUCUACUACUGGGGCAGCAGCCAGAGAGGGCUCCACAGUCAACCUCAUAGAGGAACAGCCAGAUGGGGAGAAUCUUUCAGCAGAUGGACUUUCCUCCUCCUCCUCCAAUGACUCCAGUUUAAGCCUCACACCAGCCCUCUCCAAAUGCCAAAUGAGGAAAAUCUCCAGUCACAGUGAUCUAGCUGAUGCCCCUGCUUCCCAGGAUCUUGGCCAUGGUGAACUUGACCCACAGAGGGUGGAGGAGUCUUCUCAGGACGGCUCUGAGGAGGACCAGCAGGACAUCGGCUGGGAGAAGGCCAGUCUCACGUCAGCAGAGCUCCCUGCAUCUCAAGCCGGCAGAGCGUCAGUCAUCGGGGAAGAGGGCGGUGGCGGUACACCCACGCUGAGUAGUGAGGAAGCAGGGUCCGGAGAACAGUGCCAAGAAGCUGGUCUGACUUCUACCUUGAGCUGCUUGGCACCCAGAUCAGAAAGCAAGCACGAAGAGUCUUCUGACCUCACCGACUCCAGCAAGCCCGAAGGUCAUGCCGGUUUUGAACACUUCUCGCCCACCGCCGAAGGUGCCUUCUGCUAAAAAUGUGGUAACAGCUGGUCCAGGUAGGUAGAACGCUGCCAGGGAAAUGAGGGGCAGAAGGCAUGUGACACCAGGGACCAGUGGCAACUCAGAUGUAUCCUCCCAGAGUAGGAUGGAGGUGGGGAGGGGUUACACAGGGUAAGGGGUGCAGCUAUAGCCACAGCAGGUUCUAAUAGUAUUGUUAGAGGCUGCUGCUAGGUAGACCUCAAUGCCGAUCAAGAGGGAGAGGACUUGAACCAGGGAAGGAUAGCCAGCCUGCACUUGCAAUGUCUUAAUAGCCAGAGUUCUAAGCAAGAUUUAUCCCCACCUCCUCUUUACCAAACUUUAAAUAAUGCCCCCAGUCCAACUCAUUUUUGUGCUAGAAAGACUUUACAGAUUGCAUCUUCCCUCACUUCCUAAAUUAGCCUCAUACUUUGCAACCUCCCCCCAGCGCCACAGUCGUGCUACUGAGCAUUUUCCCAAUAAACCAGUCUAAAUAAGGGUGAGUUAGCGCUGGCCUGCUACACUUUUUCAGAACUCACCUCUGUUCCUGUCUUGACUGCUGGGAGAAGGAAGAAUAAUUCCCAGUGAUAGGAAGAGUUUGCUGCUUCUCCUAUGCCUCCAAUUUUAAUCCUGUUUCUGAAAUAAAGUAGUUGAGAACUCA